AUCAUCCUCAUGUGCACAUGACUACAGCUCCUAUCAUCCUCAUCCGCACAUGACUACAGCUCCUAUCAUCCUCAUCCGCACAUGACUACAGCUCCUAUCAUCCUCAUCCGCACAUGACUACAGCUCCUAUCAUCCUUAUCCGCACAUGACUACAGCUCCUAUCAUCCUCAUCCGCACAUGACUACAGCUCCUAUCAUCCUCAUCCGCACAUGACUACAGCUCCUAUCAUCCUCAUCCGCACAUGACUACAGCUCCUAUCAUCCUCAUCCGCACAUGACUACAGCUCCUAUCAUCCUCAUCCGCACAUGACUACAGCUCCUAUCAUAGACAAAGCACUUUUUAUUCUGUAGACCACACUUCCCAUCAUGCUUCGUUAUCCACAUGUUCGCACUACACUGCUCAUCAUUCUCAUGUUCGCAUCACUUCAUCCCUGUCAUCUCCAUUUACACAGCACUACUCCUCCUAUCGUCUCCUGCAUCAGUAUGCCACCCGUAUACAUAGUAAUAAACCUCCCAUUAUCCCCCUGUACGCACACAGUCACCACGCCUCCCAUCAUCCUGGGUGGUUGCGCUCCUCUGGCGGUGUCACUGUGUCUCGCUCUCCUGUAGGGCCCCUGCUAUCAGGGAGGCAUGGACCGGGAGGACGUCUCUAACACGGAUCCAAUCACAUUUGAGGACGUGGCGGUGUAUUUCUCGGAAGGAGAGUGGCAUUGGAUGCAGGACUGGCAGAAGGAGCUGUACCGGAGCGUGAUGAAGGAGAACUAUGAGACCGUGUCAUCCCUGGGGGACGCCUGGCCGGCCGAGAGCAGUGCUCCAGGUUUCCCUGCGCAGACAUGUGACGUCCUGUUGGUCCGAGGCGCAAGGAGAACCCCGACGUUCAUGAAGGAAGAGCACGAUCCCACAUCAGACCUUAAAGAUUUGGACAUCACCACAGUGAUCAUAAAGGAAGAAUCCGAGUCUCCUCCUCCCUUCCUCCAUGAAACCUGUAACAAGAGAAGAAGAAGAAGAGGACCGUCCUGCCCAGGGGUCAAGAAGGAGGAAUACGAUGCUGAUUGGCUGACCAUCCCCUCGUCCCUGAACCGCGGCCUUGACGCUUUCACCCAGAACAAGAUUUUCAUGAAGCGGAAGUCGGCGUUGGUGCUGCUGGACCGCUCUUGGCAUCAGUCAGACUCCGCUUUCCCCUGUACCGUCUGCAAGAAAACCUUCCCCAGCCGCUAUCGUCUUCGGAUGCACUCGCGAGUUCAUACCGGGGAGAAGCCAUAUGUAUGCCGGGACUGCGGUAAGGGCUUCUCCCGCUCUGACUACCUGAAGUCUCACCGCCGGUUGCACACCGAGGAGAAUCCCUACAAGUGCCCUGACUGUGACAAGGGCUUUUCAGAUAAAAUGACCCUGAGGAAGCACCUGAGGGUCCAGCACAACCGACUGGACCGAAGGUUGAAGGAGGUGAGACGUCUCCUUAAGCAGGACGCCAGCGGCCGCCUCCCGAACCCUGCCCCCAAGAAGCUGCACAUGUGCGACAUCUGCAAGAAAGGCUUCACCAAAUCCUACAACCUGAAAGUUCACCGGAGAAUUCACACAGGAGAGAAACCCUAUCAAUGUCCCAAGUGCGACAAGUGCUUCUCUCAGAACAUCCGGCUGAAGAUCCACAAGACCAUGCACGAGGAGUGGGCGCACGAAGCUGUCCGCUUCCGGAGAGCCAAGCCUACCGCUCCUCCCGAAAGGAUCCACAAGUGUCCGGUCUGCGAGAAAAGCUUCGGCAAGUCCUACACCCUUAAAGUGCACCUGAGGAUCCACACGGGGGAGAAGCCCUAUCAGUGCGAGGAGUGCCAGAAGUGCUUCUCCAAGAACAACCUUCUGACCGUGCACAAGAGAAUCCACAGCGGAGAGAGACCCUAUCAGUGCAUGGAGUGUCCCAAGAGCUUCAGUGUCAUCUCCCACCUCCGCGUCCACCGCAGGACCCACACAGGAGAGCGGCCGUACCAGUGCACCGAGUGCACCAAGAGCUUUAGCGACUAUUCUUCCAUGGUGCGGCACCUGAGGGUGCACUCCGGCGCCAAACCGUACCUGUGCACCAUCUGCAACAAGAGUUUCAGGGAGAAGUCCCACCUGACGGUACACAAGCGUACUCACACCGGCGAGCGGCCUUACAAAUGUGGUGAAUGCGACAGGGCCUUCAGCGACUGCUCCUCCUUUGUAGAGCACCGCAGGAACCACACUGGCGCCAAGCCCUACAAGUGCGAGGUGUGCGACAAGAGCUUCACCAAGGCCUACACCCUGAAGAUCCACAACCGCGUCCACACCGGCGAAAGGCCCUAUAAGUGUAACCGCUGUCCCAGGAGCUACAGCAUCAAGUAUCAUCUGAAAGUGCACGAGAAGAGCCAUGACAUGGGCACACAUGUCAGUACUGCCCCCUUAAGACCAAGGACAAUAUUAGUGGAGUAGGCAGCCAUAGUAGAAGUAGUGUAGGUGGCGGCCAUGUUCACACUUUGUAUAAUGCAUGUUUAUAACGGUCAUUAUUUAUUUUUAAUAAAUAGAUUCAGCUUCA